AUGCCUAAAAAUAAGCAGAUUGGUAAAAAAUUUUUAGAUGAAAUCUUUACUGAAGAUGGUAUUAAAACAAGUGGUUCAAUAUACAAAAUAAUUUCCUUCGAGAAAAGUAUUGACAGAAUAGAAAGCGGAUCAACUGUAGAUGGGGAACUGCAUCGUAGGGAGAUAAAUGUUGCUAAUAAACAUGGUGAGGCACCUGCUAUUCUAGCUUCAUAUGAUGAACAAAAUGAUUGCUUUCACAGAAUAGACUUGGUAAGUUUGGGUGAGGGAGCAGAGCGGUUAGAGAAAGGAGAAAAACGAGAAGUAAUAAUUGGCACGAACAUGAACGAGAAAAAUAAAAAUUUAAGGGAUUUAAAGCGUGAAGAUAUUGAAAAGUUAAGGAAAGAUUUAAAAGAGUUAGAACGAAAGUGGAAAGAUGGAAGGGGUUUGACUAUUGAGGAAAGUGAUUUUAUUGUCUACUUAAAGAAAGACAAAAGACUUGAGCCUUCAACUAUCACAAAUCUAGAGAAAUUAAGAAAAGAGCAUUAUGAUGCCCAAAAAUGGCUAGACAAAGAAUAUCCGAAAGAAACAAGAGAUGAUGUUGAAAAAUUAAAUAUUCUUAAUAAUAAAAAUUUAGAAGGUUCUUUAAAUUUAGAAGGAUUUAUCAACUUAAAGGAGUUUGAUUGUUCUAGUAAUAGGCUAACUAGACUUGAUUUUAGUGAUUGUUCGCAGUUAGAAAUUGUACGUUGUCAGAAAAAUAACUUGACCAGCCUUGAGUUCACUAAUUGUCCUAAUAUCACUGAACUUUAUUGCAACAGAAAUCAACUAACUAAUCUCGAUUUUUUAAAGCAUUUGUCAAGUGAAAAAGUGGAGGUGCUUUCUAUCGCUAAUAAUAAUUUUGCUGACAAUGAUUUAAAUGUUUUUAGCAGAUUUGUGAAUUUAAAAAAUUUAGGUUUAGAGCCUUUACAAGGCAUGGCUAAUUUGGAAGAAUUAGAUAUUAACGAUACUUAUAUUGAUAUAUCAAUUGCAGAAGAAUUAAAGAAAUAUGGUGAACCUAGCAAAGAUAAAGAUGAUGAAAGAUAUCUAAAAAAAGAAAGGUCAGAAUUAACUUAUUUAGAUAUUAGUAAGAAUACUAUUAAAGGAGCACUUAGACUAGAAUUAUUUACCAAUUUAAAAACAUUAAAUUGCUGUAAAAGUCAACUAAUUAACCUGAACUUAAGCGAUUGCCCUAACCUUAUCGAACUUGACUGCUCAAAUAAUGAAUUACGUGAUUUAUACUUCCUUAAAAAUCUUAGUAAAUUAGAACACUUAUCAUUGAGAAAUAAUCCAGAACUUUCUCAGUUUUUUUCG